AUGAGUGACUUGAAAAUUCACCUCAAGUCACUGAAGGACACCGCGGAUCACAAAGGAAUUUCAGAGAGAGAGGAAUCUGAAUUCCGGCGUAGCUAUGGGAGAAUCAUCGGGUGGAAACCAACAGAUAAGGAGCCAGGACUCGAGCUGCCCCGCGAACGAUUUGCUGCUUUUACAAGAGACGUCGUCGUCGAGAAAACUGCCUCCCAGGCAAACGACCCUUUGGAAUCUAAGAUCCUGAUUUAUCUGCGAAUUGCUCUGUCUUCCGGAAUGGCACACGUUUGUCCCGAAUGUGUUGACCAGGAUUUGGAGUAUUUCAACAAGAUGACCGACUUUGAUGCCCAUUGCUGGGAAAUGAACGAUCAAACACAUAUGGGCCUGUCGUCGAAGACCCCGGCAGUCUUCCUUUCUGCCUACCUCAAAGCAAUGGGGCUCCCCCAGAUCGAAGAGUUGCCCCCAGGAAGCGAUAAACCGGGGCGCUGGACCAAUAGACGAUAUUUGAAGACUGACUAUGUGUUCAAAACAAAGAAAAGGUUUGUUGCGCCGGAAUUUACCGCUGCCGAGGAGCAGGCUAUUAUUUAA